CACAGGACAGGCCCCGCACCGCCGCGAACAGAUCCUGGGAUCUCUCCUCCCUCCAACCCUCCUUCCUCGUCUCUCGUUUCCCUCUCUUUCAGUCGCUGCCCCGACGCCCCCUCGACCUCGGUCCAAGUCCGGCAGCCAGGGCGACAGCGACGGCAAGGGCAUUUGAAACGGCGGCACACCAAUUUGGCCAAAUAAAUCAUCAAAGUUGCACCAACUUCAGGGCAAAUGGUAAAAAGUCCUGUUUCACCGUCGCAAUCCCACAUGGCGGUAGCGGCGGCGCAGCUCCGUGGAUCGGCCACGGUCGCUCGGAGGCAUGGAGCCUUCAGAGUCCCCUCCUCCUGCCGGUGGCCACGUCACCCUCUCGCCGGUUCACUAAAGCUUUCAGUUUCUACCAGUGCAGUGGGUGGGAAGCCAUUUGGUUUUGGUGCCAAAAUUGCAACAAAAUGUGCUAAUGAAAACACUCGAGCUGAAGAGUUGAAUUCGAGAUCAGAUCAAGCAGGUGAACUUGUAGCAGCAGUUGAAGAUGUUACUCCCCAAAAGAGGAGUGCUAAGAUCCAUGAUUUUUGUUUUGGGAUUCCUUUCGGUGGUCUUUUGUUCUGCAUGGGGCUUCUAGGCUACUUCUUCUCUAGGAGUACUGUAAGUCUUGUCCUAGGUGUUGCACCUGGGCUUGCUACGCUCCUUCUUGGUACCCUCAGUUUAAACUUCUGGAGGAGUGGAAGAUCCAGCUUCCUGUUUAUAUUGGGCCAAGCAGCAAUUUCUGCUGUCCUUGCAUGGAAGUAUUCUCAUGCAUAUUUACUGACAAAUAGAAUUCUUCCUUGGGGCUUCUACGCUUCACUGAGCACUGCGAUGGCUUGUUUCUAUGCGUACGUGCUGCUUGCUGGAGGAAAUCCACCACCCAAGAAGUUGGCACCGGCACCAUCAUCGUAGAGCCAGGGAGCAGGCAUACCUUUCUGUCCUAGCUUAAUUUGACAUUUGUGCUCCAUAAAAUGCUGCAACUACGAGCACAGAAGAGUUUGUCUUCUAUAUUUGUAUAUGUUUCCUAGUCUUGGGUUCGCUUGCGGCGAGCUCUUGGAUUUUUGGCGGAACGUCGAGAAAAUAAUACUGGCAGGAUGGUUGUAACGAUCCAGCCCUGAUGAGCAUUUUUUCUUUCGGCUACUUGAACAUGAUGAAGGAUAACCAGUUACCUCUUGACGCACUUA